AUGGAACAACCUCCCAGUUCUCAAUAUUCCUCACACCUCGUCCAGCAGAUCCUCAACGAGAUCGCCCAGAGAGUCCUAACAAUCCGAGACCAUACUGAGCUAGUCUUCAAAGAUAUCAACCCAGUAAAUGGCUUGAUCCUCUGCCGUAGGUUUGUGGAAAAUGCCAAUGUUGAGAGGAUCCACACCCAGAACCCCUCCUUGCACGGCAUCCAGCAGCAGUGGGGGAAAAAUUCCAACAUCGACUGGGUGUGCGAUGGUCGUAUGACGCGUGAUGAGGGUUACAGGAUGAUGGGAAUUGGUGUUGGUACAAGAUUCGAGGGCUUCACGGGAUAUAUAUUAUCUUCCGACCAGCCGGAUCUCUACGUGGCUGGAUAUUGGGAAAGCAUCCCAAGCAUUGUUGUUGAAGCCGGGUGGAGCGGAAGCGGGGAUAGACUCCAGGCGGCAAAGGAUCUCUGGCUCAGGGGUACAUCAGAGGUUCAAGUUGUUGUACUCUUGAUAUGGAGUAAGACGUUGAAUAACAAAGUGGAGGGUAUUGCGGAAGUAUGGAGUCGAGCUGGCGAGGGUGGUCUUGCUGCUCGUCGUUUGGCUAUAUUCCCUGAACAGAAUCCUCUCCCUUAUGACGAUCGCAUCGAGUUCACAAAAGGUCAAUUGAUAGGACUGAAUACUCCUAUCUCGGAACCAAACACGGUUCUGUCCCUUGAGAUGUCACAGCUGCGAACGCUUGCUGAAUUUGUUAUCACACUAGAAUUUGGAAUGUCCCCAGCAUGA